ACAUUAUCGAAUCUAUAAGAUGGCGGCCCAUUAAUGAGUUCAUACGUGUAGUUGUUUUGUGCAGUGAUUCUAUAGUUUUUUUCUUAAAAAUAAUUUACAAACGAUAAUCAUGGGUACAUCAGACUUAGAAUGUAUAGAAUCUAAGAGAGAUAUGGUUGACUUAGAUUCUGACUCCGAUAUGUUAGUUGACCAAAGAAAGAAAAAGAAGAGAAAACAUAAGCAUCAUAAGCACAAGAAGGAUAAAUUAGUUGAAAGGGAAGACGGUAGGAUAGAACGCCAAGAACGGAAAAGGCAUAAGAAGCAUAAACGACCGAAGAAAGAACGAGAAGUUGAGAAUGGUGCAGUGGACGACAAAACAUCACGCGUAGUUCAAAAGGAUUUAGGUGUAAAUGGGAAAGUAAAAAAUUCUUUGUUAGAAGUUGUUUCUACUGAAGAGAGCGAAGAUGAAAAGUUAGUAGAUUUAGAUUCGGAUGAGGUAGACUGUACAAUUAUUGAAGAUGACAUUGAUCUAGAAGAAUUAAUGAAACAAAAGGAACGGUUGCAAGCAUGUUUAGUGCAAUACCUCUCAGAUGAAUCUGAAAAGGAGGAUAAGGAACCAGAUCAGGAUGAAGUAAAAGCUACUGAAACGCCUGAUGUUAUACUCGUAGAAGAUGAUAGCGAAAAUGACAAUAUACCCCCUAAGAAACGUGCUAGGAGUAAGUCUGGUAGUAGAGAACGCAAAAAAGUAAUGAAACCUGAAAGGCGUGUAGUGGUAGAUAUGAGUAGGGAUCGUAGGAGUCGGGAAGAACAGAAAGAUAAACGAAGAGAAUCGGAGAGAAGAAGGGAUGACAAAGCCCGUACUAAAGAGGAACCUAGGAGAGAAGAUAGCAGAAAAGAUGAGAGGCAAAUACGAAAACCUAGUGAUAGACACAGAGAGGAUUCCCGAAAGGAAGAUAGUAAGAGGCGGGUCGAAGACGAUAAACGCAAAGAUCCUGUCAAGAGAGAUGAGUCGCGUAAAAGAGAACAAGAUAAAAGGGAAGAAGAGCGGAAACGAGACGUCGAUCAUCAUAAUUCUAGAUCUCGUAACGAAUUGAAGUCACUAGAUAGGGCUGAUAAAUCUAAACGCGAUAGUCGCGAUGGGACAGAGAGUCGUGAACGACAGAAUAGUCGUGAUCGACAUGCGAGCCGUGACAGGCACGCUAGCCGGGACAGGCACGUUAGUCGAGAUCGCCAUACAAGUCGGGAUCGCCACGUUAGUCGUGAUCGACAUAUUAGCAGAGACCGUCAUAUCAGUCGAGACCGACAUGCUAGUCGGGAUCGUCAAGCCAGCAACAGAGAUCAGCCAGCCACUCACAAUCGCCGUAGUCGAGACAGACCGACCAGCAGAGACAGACGUAGUCGUGACAAAAGGGACAGCAGAGAGCGUCAUGCUAGUCGAGAUCGUCAUACUAGGGAUGCUAGAAAUAGUCGCGAUCGUAACGACAUACGAGAUCGACGAGAUAGCCGGAAUCGCGAUAGGAUUAGGGAGCGUUCAAGAAGCACAAGAAGAUCUCGUAGUCCUGUUAGGAAUAGAUUGGACAGAGAUCGAAACGAUCGGUAUAAACGCUCUAGAUCUCUGUCCCGAAAUAGAAGAGAUCGGGAUAAGCAUACGAGGGAUCAUGAUAGGGAAAGAGAGAAAAAUGGUAAAAGAGAACGUAAUGAUAAAUAUAAAGACUCUUUAUCGGAAGGACUGAAAGCGGAGCGUUCAGAAAGUUCAAGCGAAGAGGACAUUAAGGAUAUUGACAUUGAGGAAGAGGAGGAUGAAGAAGCUAUCAUCGAACGUAGAAGAAAACAAAGAGAGGAACUUCUUAAGAGAUUAGGCGGGCCAAACGAGGAUUCAAAUAUGUCUGCUGAUAUAAACACCAUUCCUGCUACUCCGCCUUCAGAGAGUCAAUCGAACGGUUCGCAAAAGUCAGUAGAAGUACCGUCUAAUAAUAAUGAAUCCACUUCCGAGAGUCAUACGCCACCACUGCCCGAAAAACCAAAAUCACCACAAAUUAAGAAAAGGAAAUCUAGAUUUGAAGAAGCACCACCAGAAGAAAAUGAUAAGAACGAAGAUGCGAAACCAUUGGAAAAGAUUAAGCAAGAAGAGAAACAGAAUGCGAAAAAGUCGAACGAGUGGGACAUGUUCGCCGAGGCAGACAAUAUUGGUGACUUUAAUAGUCCCACCGUUGAAGGAAAACGACAAGGUGGACCAGACAAUCCAAGUUUAACAGACAAUUGGGAUGAUGCUGAAGGAUAUUAUAGAGUACGUGUAGGCGAAACGUUAGAUAAUAGAUAUGUUGUCUAUGGAUACACCGGUCAGGGAGUAUUUAGUAACGUUGUAAGAGCCAGAGACACUGCUAGAGGCAAUUUGGAUGUUGCUGUGAAAAUAAUAAGAAACAAUGAAAUAAUGCAUAAAACUGGCCUUAAGGAACUCGAAAUUCUUCGGAAACUUAACGACGCAGAUCCAGAAGACAGAUUUCAUUGUCUAAGACUUUUUAGGCAUUUCUUUCACAAGAAUCACUUAUGCAUGGUUUUCGAACCUUUAGCUAUGAAUUUAAGAGAGGUUUUAAAAAAAUAUGGCAAAGACGUUGGUUUGCAUGUAAAAGCGGUAAGAUCGUAUACGCAGCAACUUUUCCUUGCUCUCAAAUUAUUAAAACGUGCAAAUAUUCUGCAUGCUGACAUCAAACCGGAUAAUAUUCUAGUCAGUGAAAGCAAGCUAGUGUUGAAACUCUGCGAUUUCGGUUCAGCCUCUCAUGCUCACGAGAACGACAUGACACCAUACUUGGUAUCAAGAUUUUAUCGGGCACCAGAAAUUAUUCUUGGUAUACCGUAUGAUUUCGGCAUUGACAUGUGGUCCGUGGGAUGCACCAUUUAUGAAUUAUACACGGGAAAGAUAAUGUUCUCGGGCAAAACGAACAACCAAAUGUUAAAGUUCUUCAUGGAUCUAAAAGGCAAAAUGCCUAAUAAACUGAUUAGGAAAGGAUCGUUCAAGGAUCAACAUUUUGACUCUAACUGCAAUUUCCUGUAUCAUGAAGUUGAUAAGGUCACGGAACGGGAAAAGGUUGUAGUGAUGUCUACGUUAUCUGCCACUCGUGAUCUGAACGCCGAACUGGGUGGAAACUCGUUGCCGGCGGAACAAAGUCGGAAAGUUGGACAACUGAAGGAUCUCUUGGAACGCACGUUGAUGUUGGACGCGGGAAAGAGAAUCACAGUGAAUCACGCCCUGGCGCAUCCCUUUAUACAAGAAAAGAUCUAGGUAACCCUGUCCGGGGUCCUCCUUCCACAUCGGAGAAUUCAUUUGACGUAACAAAAGAACGUUUAAAAACGGCACCGCUAACGAUUCGUUGUAUACCAUAAAGGCAUUACUAACACGAAGUGGUGGUUCGUUAUAUCGAAUGUCCUGUAUCCGUUUUAGCAGAAAGAGGCGGUGCAAAAUUUCACACAAACUUUCCACUCGCUCCGUCUGAAUUUAAAAAAAAGGAUGCCAUUCUCAAGAGCUGAACUUUAUUUAUCAUACGACGAGAGGAAUGAACAAAAUUAUUUGAAUCAAAUAUGACAUUGUGCUCUGUCCAUCUGAACUGUAUUAUUUAAUCAAUGAUAACUAUUGCAGGUCAAUAGAGUGCGAUAUUUUUAUAUUAGUUAAUAACCGCUACGAGCGAUGAAUAAAUAUGUUGGGAGUUCACCAUCGAUGCAUUUAUCGGCGAUCAUAAAAACACAACGUGUUUGUACUCGGCUCAGAAACAACGUAGUGUAUCACAGGGCCAGCGAUAAAGUAAUAAAUCCAGCACACGAUGAAUACUUGAAGAAGAGGCUCAAGCCGUGGUUAACACGUUAAGCUACCGUUGGACGAAUAAUGAAAUAUUGGGAAAAGCGACCGCCUCUUUCAGCAUGAACCGGCCAUCGAUACGUAGCAUAAUGGUGGUACAUAGUAUUUUUUCUUUUUAUCAAUCUUUCGAACUUCGAGUCGCGAAUUCCCUUUACAAAUUAUAAAUAGCAAUUAAUUAUAAUUAUGAAUGAUGAUGCGAAUAUAUCUCGUGGCGAAACAUUUUCGUGAUUUUGCGACACUGUGUAAGAGGCUCUCACAGAACUCGACUCAUAGUUGAGCGCAAAAUCAUUUUUCUUUUUCUUUUUUUAAUCAACCUGUGUGCCGUUGGGCGCACGAACGGCAUUAAAGUCUAGUAACAAGGGAACUUGUAUUGAUCGAAAAGAACAAACAGAAAUUGUAUAGUAAGUAGGUUAUUGAAAAAUAAAAUGUCACAUGCUUGAAUGAGAAACAAGCCCUGUAUUUUAUACUUUUCAGUCAUAAUCGCGCGCUGUCCGUGCAAGAUUAUUAAAUGCACGUAAAGAAAAAACAUAAAUGAUUAUAUAUGCAUAUAUAAUAUUUAGAAGGAAAAGAAGGUACCGAUUGUAAUCUGUUUUUCAUUUAAUAACGAAACGUUUGGUAGACAACGUGUGAUUUCAGGAAGUGUUGGAAAAAGAAUAAGUUAUUGUUGUGUCAAGACAUGCUCGAUCUUGGGCGACUGCUAGUGUUAUAGAUAAUCCUUUUCACGUCUAACAAGUUGCAUUUAUUUAAAGAUAUCAAUGUAAAGAAUGAUAAGAAAUAUAAUGUAUAUAUUUGCACUGACAAAUAGUAAUUUCGAAUGGCAUUAUACGAGACGAAAUAUUAUCUAAUGCUUAAUAUUAAUAUGUAGUCUGGUAGAAAUAUAAAAAAAAAGGAAAAAUGUAUUUCGUUUCAGUAGAUGUGUUAUAAGUAGCUUACGAUUUUUUAUCGUUAGCUUCAUAAAAUUUUCUCUUUAUUUAAUAUUGCGUUAAUUUAUUUAUAAGACACGACAGAACAUCAAUGCUGUUUGAAUGGUUCAUGGUAAUGUUUGUCCUUUGCGUGGCAAUAUUGUACGAGACUGCUUAUGUUUCAGAUAUGAGUCUUCGAUUCAAAGCAUCGUUAAGUGCGGGCGGACCUUUCGUGGGCUUUUAACGCCGAUCCCGUUGCAAGCCCUCCCUGAGAGGAGGGGAGGCAAUGGAAGAGAUGAAAUCAGUUGAUGGAUAACGUGAUGGUGAAGGAAAUUGGGGUGAGAUCCUCGCAGCAACAGCGGCUUGACUACUAUGUAAAAAUGAUGCCUGUCGCAAAAAAAGGAUCAGCGAAUAUUUAAUAUAAAUUUAUAUCAAUAGGAAGGUUUGUCAUAAAGUACCAUUGAAAUUAAUUGAAUCGUAAGUAUGUAAACAGGUAAGGUAUACAUGCGUAGGAAAUUUUAUUCUAAAUAAUCUGUUUAAUUAUUACGUAAGUAUAGGUAAUAUUAUAAAAGGACACGCUAUUAAUAUUUGGGGCUCUCAAUUUUCAGAUCGCUAAAAAGAAUGUCUUCAAAAUGAGUUAUUAUAAAAAUUGUCGAACAUGAAAAUAAUUGUUGGAAUAAAUUAUGCGUUUAUAUA